CGGGUCUUGCUCUCGACGCUGCAGCGAAGGACCGCCAGCACAGUUACACGCAUGGGAAUAGGUGGUUUAUGCCAACCUCCUUCCUCAGUCUACUGUGGGGAAAGUCCCCGGAGAUCCUCGCAGGGUGGUUGGCUCCCCUCACCGAGUCCGUCCGUGCCGUCCGGCAGUCCCGCUACUGGACAACUCCCAGCCGUCGCCUUUCGCUCAAUGCAGCAGCUGAUGACCCCUAUAUCUGGCUACGCGGCGCAUGCGUGGAAAGCGGCUGCCUUUAAGCACGGCAGGGAUGCGUGUGCUGGCGAGCUGGGGUUAGGGUAGGCUGUUGUACUCGGGUGAUGGGUUGACGACCGGGGGCGCGCGAACGGGCAAGGAAAGGGAGACAGUGGGGAAUGAUUGGCUGCUAGACCUCCUGUGCUUGCCCUUGCGUGGAUAAGCACGGGAGGUGCACCAUUAUCCCCUCCUCUGCGGCGGCAGUCGACCUCCUUUUUGGUUCUGGCUUGGUACUCGUCUCCUCGACUCCGGUGCUUCGUGUUCGAGUAGGCAGGAAUCAGCAUAGGCGAAGAUACGAGCCGUGCUGGGGAAUGUCUGCUUGCGCAAUGGGCGGGACGGGCACGUUGCUAGGCAAAGAGGAUCAAGGUCCGGUCGCAACAAUGUUCCUCAUUGUUGAUAGUUAUGCGGUCCUGUGCUGAGAUGUCUCCUCAUUGGAGACGGAGCCUAGAACACAACGGGGCUUACUCUCGCGCAGCGUACCAAUUUUUUCCUUUCCCCUCUUCGGAGGAUCAUUGGAACACCUGAUAGCUGGAGGAUAGGAAUGAUAGGUGCGGCUAAAAUAUUUAGUCGAUAAAACCAUAACCCAUGAAAAUGUAGAGAAUGGAUGUCAUAAUGUUGGAAGCCAUUCUAUGAUAAACACUGUCCAUAUCGUUAUCAAUAAUGUAAAUUUC